GCCCGCCGGGGUCUGCGGUCCCAGCUGGGAGAGGUCCUGCUGGGAGCCUCGCUCGGAGGGCUUGGGGGCUGGAGCCGGGGUGCGGAUGCUGGAGGUUCACAUCCCGUCGGUGGGACCCGAGGCCGAGGAUCCCAGGCCGAGCCCAGAGAAAGGCCACAUGGUGUUCCGGGUGGAGGUGCUGUGCCGCGGGCGCAGGCACACCGUGCAGAGGCGCUACAGCGAGUUCCACGCGCUGCACAAGCGGAUCAAGAAACUGUACAAGGUGCCCGACUUCCCCUCAAAACGCCUGCCUAACUGGAGGGCCAGAGGAUUGGAGCAGCGGCGCCAGGGCCUGGAGGCCUAUAUCCAGGGCGUCGUGUACCUGAACCAGGAUGUCCCCAAGGAGUUUCUAGAAUUCCUGAAUCUUCGGCACUUCCCCACAGACCCUAAGGCCAGCAGCUGGGGAGCCCUGGGGGAGUUCCUGCCAAACGACAGCAGCUCGCAGCUGCACCACCAGCCUGUCAUCAGCUUCCGCAUGGAUCCCUACAUUUGCAGUCCAUCCCCAGUACCCUACCCCUUCCUCCUGUUUUUUCUUCCCUGUCCUACAGAGCCUCUGCCCAACGUGGUGGUGAAUGGCGUGCUCCAGGGUCUCUAUGGCUUCACCAACAGGCCAGCUAAAGCUCAGCCAGAGGUUCCUUUUCAAACUGCUCCUUUGCCCUGAUGCCCUGACCAGCCAAGAGGCCUAUGGGUUGCCUGUCAGGACAGGCACGUGCUUCAUUCUAUGUGCCUCCCGGUCAGAAGAGGCUGCAUCCCCCUUGGCCCAGACCCAGGACUUAGGCACCCCAGGUGCCAGGGCACGGACAAUGGGGAAUAAGGAAUAAAGGGAGAAGUCAAUUUAGAGGUAGGCUGUGAAAGGUGGAGGCAGAUUUUUUCACCUUCACCAGAAGUGGGCGGGGGACACUCAAAGGUUGAGGCUCUGUGUUGGCAAGGGUUAGAAGCUAGAGCAGAGUUGGUAUCUGGGGAAAACGAGGACAGCUACCCACCCCUCCACCCCAGGAGUCCCAGAGGCUGGGACAAACUAGAGCAGGUGUUGCAGGCCCAAGAACCCAGCCCACACACUGGUUAUAAAAAACCCACCGUUUUUUUUUUUUUAAUUGGUCAGCAUUGGUAGGAGUUUGAGUUUGUUACAAAACCAGGCCGCUGGCCUAUGGAAUGUGAGGGGAGGGGUCCGCUCCGUCAGAUGCCAGCACCAGGGCCCCGCAGCACGGUGCCCUGUGGCGGGCCGUCCUCACCCAUGGGAAGGCGACAGGGACUCGCAGAUGGUGGCUCAAAGGGAAAGCGGUCCCUGGGGCUCUACUCCUUGGCGAUGGCGAAGGGCUUCUCCACCUCAAUCUUGCCACAGUCUGCGAUCGUCACAUCCUUCAGGGGCUUGUCCCGGCUGUCUGUUUUUGUGCUCUCCACCUUCCGUACUACCUCCUGGGAAGGGAGGCAGCGGGGUACAGCAAAGUGAGGCAGGAGGGCCACCCCUCAAGGGAGAAAGGCCCCGGAAUAUGGCUGGGAAGGCUGAGAACCCCAUGUGACCAACAGCAUGCAACUGUGAGGCAAGCAAAACCCUCAGGGAAUCCUAGCCAGGGAGAGCCCAGCUCUGAAGGGAGGAUGCAAAAGUUUUGAUCCUCUGAGCUAAGGCCCAGGGGAAGAGGGUGGCUGGGGACUGGGUACCAAGUAUCUUCUCAGGGACGUCAUGUUUGGCUGUGUCCUGCUCAACUUGGGGGGGGGAGCUGCCAGCAGAGCACCAAGUUGUGACAUGGAGGCUCCUGCACCUGCGCAGCCUCAACAGGCCUCGGGGCCGGAAGAAUCAAGAACUUGGGGGCAGAGAAAUUGGGUAGUUCUGAAUAUGUACCAGGUCUGUACAUAUGAACACUGGUGGGAAUCUGUGGGUUCCCUUCUGGGAAAGGGGUAAAAUAUGUGGCAUCCUUGCUGUGGGGUGAAAGUUGCCCAGGUUUAGCCCUUGCCCCCCAAACUCACCAUGCCUUCCAAAACUUUGCCGAACACCACGUGCUUGCCAUCUAGCCAGGCAGUCUUAACCGUCGUGAUAAAGAACUGGGAGCCGUUGGUGUCUUUGCCUGCAUUGGCCAUGCUCACCCAGCCAGGCCCAUAGUGUUUCAGCUUGAAGUUCUCAUCAGGGAAGCGUUCACCAUAGAUGCUCUUUCCUGGGAAGAAAGAGUAGGUCAGGGAGCUGGGUUGGCCCAAACCAAGCAGAUCUUUGGGGUGAGGAUUCCAGGGACUGAACCUGUCUUCGAUGCCAGGCUGCAGCAGCUUAUAAAGACAAAAGCUGUCCCCUUCCUACCCUCUGGUCUAGGAGCCAAACUGUGCUGACAGACCCAGCCUGGCCUUAUGCCCCGCUGAUUUAGUGAACAGCUCACCCGAUUACUUUGAGAAUACAGUUUAGUGGAUUUUAAAUAAGGCGUAGAUCAACAGUUACCCUUGGCUAUGGCCUGAGAGUUCUGCCACAGAAACUGAGAUACUUUGGUAUCUGCAGACGCAGAGACACAGAGGAGGUAGGAACUCUCCAGAAAAGGAGGACAGCUAUAGUUGACCAGUUUUUCUUCGUAACAGCACAGAAGACAGAUGAGUAGGGAGAGGCUGCCAUUUGGGUUCUGGAUAAUUAAGAGCCUUUUACCAAUGAACAUAAAAUAAAAGCUAGUUGUUGA